AUGCAAGAAGAGGCAGGUGCAGGAGGACGCAAACUUCCUGAAGGAGAGCUUGGUUUGGUUCUGCUGUCCUUCCUGGUCACCUGCACACUGGCAAUCAUUAGAGAGUAUCAGACAUCUGUGUGUCCUACACGGGACAGGGGGGUUUUUGGUGAUGACGUGGUGACAGAGAACGAGGGAGAUACAGUCACAUUGAACACUGAUAUAAUCAAAAAAGAGCAUGACAAGUUGCUGUGGUAUUUUGAAGACACUCGCAUCGCUCUGAUCAAUGGACAUCCCAACACGAGCUGUUUAUAUGACGGUGAAGACGGGAGAUUCAGAGACAGACUGGAGGUGGACUAUGAGUCUGGAUCUCUGAUCAUCACAAACAUCACAACUCAACACACUGGACGUUAUGAAGCAGAGAUCAUCAGAAGUGAGAGUUCAGGGAAAAGACAAAGUUUAAACAGAAACCGCAAGUGUGAUAGCACAAAAAUCACCAAAAAAAACAGCAUCAGUCAUGAUGAUAACAUAAAAACUUUCAAGGUGAUCAUCACUGCUGCUCUGUCUGAUCAAGUCACAACUGAAGAAGAGCCCCGGAUGGAGAAGAGGGAGUUUGACUUGGCUGUUUCAGGUUCAGGUCUGUCUUCAGCUGCUGUAGCAGGAAUAUGUGCUGCUGUUCUUCUGCUGCUGACUGUUGUAGCUGCUGUGAUUCACUAUCGCCGCAGGAGCUCCAGAAAUACAGACAUGGAGAAAAACAAGUAUGAAGGAUUGCCCUUAGAUUAGAAACAAUACUGUACUGAAACC